AAGGCCUGGGACCCGUGUCGGAUCGCGCAUUUAGCGCCGCCUGUUCUGGGGCGGGCGGGGUCUCGGACCCCCUAGGUGUCUGGAUGGGGCUGUGUUUUCCGUGCCCGGGGGACUCCGCUCCUCCCACGCCCGACCCGGCAGAGAAAAGAGCAAAGCUUGCAGAGGCUGCAGAGAGAAGACAAAAGGAGGCUGCAUCUCGGGGAAUUUUGGAUGUCCAGUCUGUGGAAGAAAAGAGAAAGAAAAAGGAAAAAAUAGAAAAACAAAUCGCCACAUCUGGGCCCCCACCAGCAGGAGGACUUAGAUGGACAGUUUCAUAAAGCAUGACAUGAAUGGGAGAGUCUACUGCCAGUAGUUGUUCAACAUCUGCAAUCAAAUGGAAUUCCUUAAUUUAAUUUCUUCUCUUUGAAUACAAGAAGAGUCAAACUUUGUAACAUUAGUGCACUCAAGUGCAGUGCUAAGUCCGUACUAAAGGUAUUGGAAAAACUUGAUUUUCAAGCUUAGGAAUUAGUGAGACCUUUCAUUAAAUUCUUAUUUUCCUAUGUUUGCUCUUCUA